UUUUCCAAAAAAUGCCCAAUUCAUUAAAUAAAAUAUUUCAACAUUUCCGUGAAAAACAGAAACAACGAAAUUUAAAUAAAGAUAACAACAACAACCAAAAGAAAGAUUUAUUUCACGACGAAUUUACACAAAUUAAUUUAAUAAAUAAUUUAAAUAAUAACAAAAAAGGGUUGGGAGUAGGUGGGUGUUGUUCUCGUAAAACUUCGUCUUCUAUACCUUCUGGAGAUCAACAAACAUUAAAAAAGAAUAGUUGGACUGGAAGGAAGAAUUCGGAUCAACUAUUUUGUUUAUUACAUUCUCAACAAUUUUUUCAUGAUGCCUUAUUAUGUCGUGUAUUUGAUGCAGUUGAAAGUCCUUUUGAUUUGAUACGUUUAAGAAGAGUUUGUAAAAAAGCAGCAGAAUAUGUUAAAAAUAAAAUUGCUUGUGUAACAGAAUUAGAUGUUCGACGUGUCAAAUUCGAAACUUUAUCAGCCACUUCCACAACCUCUUCCUGUUCUCUAUCAAAUUCUUGUAGUGCAGAUAAUAAUUGUACCUCAGCUAUAGUAGAAGGAGAAUUGUGGCAUACACAUCCGAGUGGAUGUAAAGUUUUGGGAAGAAUUACAAAUUUAAUAAUGGAGGAAGAAGACAAAGAGAAUGAGAAAUCUGAUAAAAAUGCUUCAAAAUUUCGUUUAGAAAUUUUGGUAGAUGAACAAUGGACAAGCAGGGAAAUUGCUGUUUUGUGUUCUUUAAUUGGAGAAUUUAGAAUUAAUUUGAAUAGAAUUAGCUUGGAUGCUCCUAUUUUUGAAUUGGUAAGAAUGGGAAGGAGGAAGGGGAGAGGUGGUUUUGGUUGGGGAAGUUGUGUUGAGAAGUAAGGAUUGGGGGGGGGGGGGUUGUUGGGGAAAGUUGUGUUGGGAAGGGAGGGGGAGUUUUUGUUUGAAAAAAGUUGUUGAAGAAUUCAAACAAAAGUUUGUCUUAGAGACCAAAACAAACAAAGUUUUGACUCAUAAUAAUCGAAGUGUUGAUCAAAUUUUGAUUGAA